AUUUCAGUUUAGGAUGCAUAAUGUGCAAGAUGAGAGAUGAAUGGAAUUGCACCCAUAGAACUGAACAGCUAUAAUAGUCCUGGAUCUUUUCAACUGAAACAGGAACUAUUGGAAAGUCCGUGUGGUGGGGUAUCAACUCGACCCCCCUCCUCUCACACCCCCAAUGUUGGAGGAGUCCACUACAGUCCAGGGGCUCACCAUCCUCAGUCCUCGCCCUCCAAACCCCACUCCUUCAGGAUACACAACGGACAUGUCCAGCGACAAAACCAUCCGGGCAGUUCCCAAGAUAUAAACCUGGAUUUCGUCAGACUACCCUUCCAGUUUUCCAGCGGAGGGCACCAGAGUAACCCGUCACAGUCAGGCAGCAGUGGGGGUCCCUACUUCUCUCAGUAUCCCAACGUCAGACCUAGCUUUCCAGACGAUACAAAGAAAAAUGUGAUGGACUCAGCGAGGCAGACGCUGUUUGUUGAGAAGCUGCUACCCUACGUUAAACAAUAUGCUUACACUUGGUUCCAUCUCCAGGCCAAGAAGCGGAAAUACUACAAGUCACAUGAUCACAAGAUGCCGCUAAGAGAGGAACAACGCUGUAAGAAGGAUCUGAACGCCGAGCCUCCUGACAUCAAACACAAGUGGGCCUCACGACUUCUGGCCAAAUUGCGGAAGGACAUAAAACCUGAGUACCAGGACGAAUUUGUAGACUCGAUUAUCAAGAACAAACGGAGUAACGUGCGAUGCAUCAUAUCAAAUCCAGAUCAGAAAGGGAAGAUGAGGCGGAUAGACUGUCUGAGACAAGCUGACAAGGUUUGGAGACUGGACCUAGUAAUGGUGGUAUUGUUUAAAGCAUUUCCUCUGGAGUCAACUGAUGGUGAACGAUUGGGCAAGAUGAAGUGUUGCAUGCACCCUUCCUUGUGUAUCCAGCCCGCUCAUAUUACCAUAACGAUACGAGAACUGGACUUUUACCUCGCCAACUUGCUGGAAAACAGGGGCAGAAAACUGGAGGACGAAAACGCUGAGGAGGACGAGGGAUCCAACGCGUUUGGGGUUUUCAAAAUGAAGGACAUUGACACAAACUUUAGGGCACCAAUAAUGUUUUCCCAGUACACUCAAACAGAGGGCUACUAUAACAUGGAGCAGGAUCAGGAGCUCAGAAUGGCCAGUAAGAAAGUGAGGUUAGAUCACGAGGACGAGGAAGUGAGAGGUAUCAAUCCUCCCAGUAGGAGAGCAUCGCCCUCUGGUCUGCAUGUCAACAAGAACAAUAUCAAGAACCCCACACCUGUCAUGAUAUACCCGAUAAACGGGAAUGUGGUGACAUCCGGUCCUAGUAGUCCGAGAAACUUGUCAGGGGAUCUGAUCACACUCAGUGAUACUCCUACCUCCCAGUCUACUCGUCAAAUCGGAUCUAGGCUCGUUACACCCAGCCCUUACGGAAACGCUUUUAACUUAGCUCCAGGACAAUACGCUCUACAAUCCAGAGAACCAUCCAAUGGCAACCGACUGGGCACAGAGAUCUUUAACGCCAUCACUGCCAGUUCUGAGCAACCUUCUUCAAGCUCUCUUCAGUCUGAAAUCAAGUAUAUACAGUCCAACUACACGGAACGUUCAUCUUACUCUGGCAAUGACAGAGAACAGUCAAACGCUGGUUCGGGUCUCGUUAACUUUGUGGAGACCAGGGAGUUUGGAGAGGACGUUGCUAAGCCUGCCAUCAAUAAAAGCGAGGGCUCUCCCAAGAGUGCUGCCAUGUCCAAACCUCAGUGUUCCAUCGCUAACAUCACCAGGUCCAAGGGUGACUUUUUAGUCAGCGGUUCAUCUUCCUUUAAACCUCUGAGCAGUGUGUCUGUUUCCCAGAACGAUCCCAACAUUCACGAGAAAAUAAUGAAGUCUCUGAGGAACAGUUCGCCUUUCAAUAUCCUGGGUCAGAUGGGGAGUGGUUCGAGACACAGUUCCACCUCCACUACGCCCCGCAGUACGCCCCUCCACCUUCUAAUGCCCAACCCCUGGCAACACCGGGGCGACGGGGAUGAUGACAUGGACGGUGCCGUCAACGCCGUCAACAUCGCCAACCUGGCCCCAGAAGACAUCAGCGAAGAGAGGCUGUAUAACAUGGUGGUGAUGAACACUACUCCAGUUAUCACCCCCAUCCCUACUCCCAUCCCGACCCGUCCCCAAUCCCGGGUGCACUCCCCCACAAACAGCGCCUUCACCCCCACCUCAAACAGCAACAAGGUUAAACCAGGUUGAGGAUUUUGUGCUAUUAUGUUUAUGUUUUGUAUCACGCUAGUUCCCAUAGUUGUGGAUUGUGUGUUCGAUGAAAAGAAGGAUCGUAGUUAGACAGUAUGUGCACUGUGCCCCCUCUUCAGGCCUCUCUUUAGCCCAAAUAAAGGACCAACAAAUUUCAUAUGAAUAAGAUAUGUUUAGAAUUCCGUGUGUAAAUAAUGCAGAGUUCUUCGAUCAUAUUUUUGCCCCGGCAAGAAACACGUCAUGUCGCAUAACGCAGCUUAUUUAAAUUUUAUGUCUGAGGCGGUGAAGAUUUGAUUAAAACUCUGCCACUCUCGUCAGAAGGAGUUUAUGGGCAUACCAGUUCCACAGAAACUUGAAGAAAAUAUAUUAUCUCCCGACACUAUGUUAUGAGCUUUUAAGGAGUCUUUAGGCAAACAAUUGCUUAUUCGAGUACGACCCAGAUUUUGUAUUACCGCAAAACAUCACUACCUCGUUCAAGAUGAACAUCAAUAAUAAGUUGGCGUGUGCUAGAACGGCUGUAUUACAUAACAUGAAAUGUGUUGCGCACACGGUGUGUGUUACAAAUGUUACGUCCAAUAUAAUACUCCUUAUCAUGUGCGACUUACAUCGUCAAGUUGCGUGUGUGUGUAUAUAUUUGCAUGCUAUCUAUUUUACUUGCAGCUGUAAUCCAGAGUGGGCGUGACAAACAAAUCAAAAGAAGAGCUCUGCGUUCAUAUUUGCAUAUUAUUCUUGAUAGAUGGUGUUUUUUAUGUUAAUUUAUGUACAUAGCGAUUAAAACGAUUGAUGGCAUGAAUAUAUGCGUUUGGAAAACGAAAUAUUGUUUUGAAUCUGGGCGGAGAGAUGAUAUACUGAGCUUGAGCAUGUCAUAAAAUUUGAGACCAUGUAUUUGUAUUUUAUAAAAUGCUUUUUUGUAGUGUGGUUGAAAGGAUGUAGUUUCCGACUUAUUACACGUGAGAUUGAUUAUUAAUACAGGAGAGUAUUUCAACUAAUGAGCUCAUAGACCGCCGAGAGCUCAAAAUAAAAUAUUAUUCAAUCUGAUCUGUAAUUACUACUGCAUUAUAUAAUAUGAGAAAGGAAAACCGGUUUAUCCACAUGUUUUGUUACUUAUUCAAGAUUGACGAUGUAUAAAUUUUGGAGCAAUGUUUUGAUCUAACGAGGAUAUUUGAGUAACCAAAGAACCUAGUGAACUGAUACUGUUAGUGUUAGUGUCGGAGCAGUAUUUUACCCGCGAUUUCUGUUAAAUUUUGUUGAGGAUUUCAAGGAAAUUAUAUUUAUCACGGGACAAAUGUGAUCCUCUGAUAAACAUCGAUUUGCUCUGGCAUUUAAGAAAAGCAAAUUUCUAUUUAUGUGAAGCUCUUGGCUUAUCAUCAGUUGAGAGUGCUAUGGUUGAGCGUUCUUAAGUUUGAAGACCUAAAAAAAUUUUGUUGGUAUAUAUUUUAUAAUUCUUCAAAAGUUGAUGCUAGUUUAAACUAAAUAGACUUUUUGAUAAUCGUCUCGGUGUGUACGAACCGGGGGUUGUUGUAGUCCGUAAAACUGUCUUCUGUACCAACUGAUUUUGUAAUCUGGGUUUUAUAAGUUUUAUUGGGUAGUGCUAAGAUCAAGAGAAAGGGGCCUAUGUACGCAGCAAACAUGAUAUCAUGAUCCAUGUUGAUUAUAGUUGAACUGAUUGAUAAGUUUUGUGUGCUCACUUAUAUUCCUCCGGGCUGUCUACUCGGGCCAGCUCUGUGUCUUAUAAUAAUAAUAAUCAUGUUACUUGGAUUGUGUCCAAGUCUUUGUAUCAAAUUGUAAGUUUAGAAUUACACAUGAUAUGCUCAUUCUGCGAAGACUCGACGUCCCUCGUGGAGCCUCUAGGGUAAUAUCGAUUUAUUAAAAUAAUUGAGGUACAGGGAUAUGAGUGUAUAUGGUGAUUACACCAUCAUUGCCUAGCCUGUUUGCGGCCCACCCGCUUUGACGGAUAAAGUUCAAUGUUAAAAGGUUUUUGUAUAAUAUUGCAAAUGAGAACAAACGUUUUUGAUUCGACAACCUUUUUUUUUUGAAUUUCAGUUCAGAAUCUUGAUUAUUUCAAUAGUGCCAGAAUAUGCAUUGUGCCAAAAGGGUACCUUGAUGAUAUUAGGAAUGAUAGUGCAGCAUUUCAAAAUUUCAUUUA